ACCAACCCUGCAGGCAGAGGACUCCUACCUGUAUGUGGUGAUGGAGGACAGACAGAGGGAUUCCUGACUGUGAGGAAAGGCCAACUGGUGGAGGUACUGGACCAGGGAGGAGGAGGGGGCAACUGGCUGGUGGUGGCUCUGGCUUCUGCCCCAGGGGAUCUGGAAGAUGAGGGGUUCCUCCCUGCUCGUUGUCUCCAGCCAGCCAGCAAGAUGGGAGUGUCUCGUCCGUCACCAAUGGACACUGCCUCCAGUCACUAUGGUGACAAGACCACACCCCACUCAUCACAUGAUAAGAUA